AUGGUGAUCCUCCCCCCCCCCCCCAGACACCUAACAAUAGACAGGAGCCAAAUAAACAUAGACGAAGAAUGGAAGCAGAAACACCAGUGCGCAUUUAACAGGAAGAAGCUAAAAAUACCGAUAAGCAAGCACAACUAUGAAUUUAUCCUAAACGGAGUAACCGAAUCGGCGUUAAGGGAAAAGGUGUUGACUCUUCUGAACAGCCCAUAUGAAAAUCAAAGCCUAAAUAGAGACGUAAUAAAAAUUCUGAAGAAGAGGUACGAUGUAGCGACGAAGCUUGGGUAUAGAAACUGGGUGGACUAUUCAAUGUCUCAUUUUACAAGUGAGAAGGGUAAGUACAACAAAUUGAGGGACUUCUUUAACCUAGUUAAGGAGAAGGUGGAUAGGGAUUAUGCGCGUGUGAGCGUUAACAUGGGGAAGUUACUCCGUUCGGGGGGGGGCAGUCAACCGAGCGAUCGGUAUGGCCUUCCCCACGACAGAGGCGAAUUGCGACGUGAUAGAAUGGCCCCUCUUCGGGAUAAACCCACCUUGCACGACUGGAGCUACUACCACAACAAAUGUGCGAACAAGCCAGACGAAUACUUCGUGAAUACCUUCUUCCCCCACGGGCACGUCUGGAAGAAUUUCAUCGAAAUAGUCUCUCGGAUUUACAACUUCUCCUAUGAGGAGGUGCGAGAGAAGGGCGUUACGAAGAAGUGGCCCAAGGGGACUCUCGUGUAUAGGAUUGAACGGAGGAGUGCUAAUCAUAGCAGUGGUGCCAAUACACACGUAUACGAAUCACUAGCACGAAGUCGAUUUGGAGAGAGUCCCAGAAGGGAAGUCCCCCCCGGGGAUAGUCUGCUAGGCUAUAUGUAUAUAGUACCCUACAUGGAGAUAAAGCUUAGGGACUAUUUUAGAGUGCCCUCCAUGAACUGCCUAUCGAAUACCUGCCUGAUAUGCCCAGGACACGUAGUGGUUGACUACAAAUUCAUUGGGACCAUACCAAUAGAAAAAAAGCUCUUCAGUUGUUCAGAAAUUUUAACCCUAUUUCAUGAAUUUGGGCAUGCCUAUCAUUUGUUGUUACUGUCUAGGAGGUAUACCCUCUAUCGUUUUUCGAACAUGCCCUUGGAUUAUGCGGAGUUCUUUUCGCACAUGAGUGAACACCUGGUGAAUAACCUCAGCGUGUUGCAAGCGCUAUCAAAUAAGGCAGAUAAUAACUCCAAAAUAAGUGAAGAUAUUUUCAAGGCCAUUAAAUUUGACUCCUCUCGGCUGGCCAACAUCUUCACGCACGCGGUGGUGGACUACGAGAUCCACGGGUUAAACCCUCGAGAGUUUUUCGCCAGCCAUUUGGAGGGUCGCGCGGGAGUGGCACACGGGAAGGCACACGAGCAGGUACAUGCGCAGGCAGAUGGGCAGCCAUAUGACCGCGCUCAUGCCGAUGAUUCGCUGGCCCCUUUUUACAACCUCAUUGGAAGCUACCUUCCCUACAAAAUUGGGCCCAGCUAUUCCAUACACUCGACCAGCUUCCCCUAUCACUUUUCCUGUUACUACGCGGGCUCCGUUUUGAGCUACCUGUUGGCGGAGAUGCGGGUCCUCAUGAACAUCCCCACUGCGGACUUGUCCAUCAAGCGGAACAGUUCUCUCGUUGCUUUUCAGAAAAAGUUUUACGCCAUUGUGGCGGAGGAUUUCAUUGGCUCGUCUGGCUGGCCUGGCUCCUCCGUGAUCGACCGCGCGCUGGCGAACAGGCAUUUGCUGGCCUGA